CGUUCGGAGUUUUUAUGAGAUUGUGGGACCAAGGUGUUACACGAGCGAAACGACCGUCCGACCGUCGCCGUAACGUUUGGUAUUAUUCGUACAUAUAUAUAAGUAACGCAUUAUAAGUGCAAUGACAAGUGCUCGCAUUGUAUGUACAUUUAUCAUGUCGGUCUCCAUGAACGCUCUCGUCCUGUAUGGACCAGGCGAUCUUAGGCAUGAACGAGUAAACAAGCCCGAAGCAUCCGCUGGCUCCAUCGUCGUGCGCGUCAUUGCGGCUCCGAUAUGGGACUACGUGUCGGAAGUCCUCGAUGGCUCGCUUCCCUUCCCUCACGCAUACCCGCUGGUGUUUGGAACUUGCUGCGUCGGACGCAUUGAUGAGGUCGGACCCGAUGUUGCUUCGCUGAAGCCGGGGCAGCUAGUGUUUUGCGACCACAUCGUUUACUUGAGGGAUGCGCCGGAGAAGCGAAUCGUUUUGGGUUAUCAUGGUGGGCACUCAGAGGAGGAGCUCAAGUUCUCGUCGAGUCACUACAAAGACGGCUGUUUCGCCGAGUAUGCCCGCUUUCCGACUGAGAACGUGCACGUUGUUAACGAGCAACGCAUCGCGCAGCAUGGCGUCACGCCAGCACAGCUAGCUGAAAUUUCCAGUAUCAUGUCUGGGGUUGGUGCCGCCAAUGCUAUUCACGUCCGGCCUGGCGAGACGGUGCUCGUGAUGCCGGGGACGGGCUUCUUCAGCUCAAGCGCAAUCGUCGCCGCGUUGGGCCUUGGCGCUAAUGUCGUGGUGACGAGCCGGAGCAAAGACACCCUCAGCGCCUUGAUGCACCAUUUUGGAGAUGAUGGCAAGCGUAUUACGCCCCUCGUGCUCACAGGCGAUGUCACGACAGAUGUCGAUACACUUCGCGCUGCUACGCCGGAUGGCAGGGGUGCUGACGCAUAUAUUGAUUUCUCCUCUCCGGAGAUGAUUGGGUCCACACACCUUGAAGUUGGGCUGCACACUUUGAAACGCUUUGGACGAUGCUGCCUAGCUGGCAUGAUCCCGGGGAAAGUGCCAUUGCCAUAUUUGACCAUCAGGGCAAAUUCUAUAUCGAUCAUCGGCUCAUUCGCACAAAAUCGGCAAGACGUGGAGUUCACGAUCAGGCUUAUAGAGGCGGGCAACCUCAAGCUGCGCAAAGACAUUGCGGGAGCAUUUGGCCUACGCGACAUCGACGAGGCAUUAAAGUUGGCAAAGGAAGCACCAGGGUGGGGGAAGAUGGUGAUCAUAACGCCAUGAGAUUGAGCAAUGUAGACAUUUCAAAAUGCAGAACAAUUAAAGGGCGUUAACCGAUGUACCUUGUGUACUGCCUCCACUCACGAUCCUUUGCCAAUCCCUCUAAAUCAGCGCCAGGCAGACACAUAACAAUGGGGAUUGCGCCGCUCUCGACUGGGCAAAUAGUAAUGCCUCCUACAAGAGGCGAGCAAUUCGGACGGCGGGUGCACUUGAGGCGGCCUAGCACAGGUCCGAAAUCUUCCGGUAUGGCCGAACCAUCAUCGUGACUAGUCGACUGGCUCGCAGUGAAAGCCGUUGUCCCCAGAUCGGUGUCAAGGUUGCGUAGACCAGCAUACACGAGACGUGACUUGUCUGGCUCGCGCGCGAGGAAGGUAGCGUAGCUGCGGAUCGCCCACGUCGUGUUCGCAGCGUU